ACAUAUUGUGUAUCUGCUUCACGCAUCCAAUUGCUAACAAGCAUCAUUGAUCGUCAUCGCGACCGAGCUUCUUUUUCUGAUCAGAUAUCCCCCAGAUCUCAAAGCCGUCCAGCCUGGGGAUCAAACACCCCUCAUUCCCGGCAUUGACCAAUCCCGUGUUUGUUCUCGCGAAAUUGCAUUUCAAUCCCCCCCGGUCCCCCACAUCCACGGAGCCAUCGGCGAGACGAAGCACCUGGCCAGACUGGGCUUAUUUCGGGGGCUUCCGGUGGUAGUAUUUAAGAGACAUGGCAACCACUUUGCGACCUCGGCCGUGCGUCGAGCUUGACAUCCACGACGACCACUCCCACAAAGACACCCCUUGCGACACUACCACAUCGGCUCUUGGCGAACUUCCGCUCAACAAUAUCCAGAACGUCAGACGCAGGACCAGUAUUGAGUCACUCGCUCGUCGGCUGGACAAUCUCCACAUCAAUAAUAGCGACAAGGAGAACGUAUCGCGCCCCGUGGUGGAAGCUGCUCCCCGAGUUUCAUCGGCAGCGCCCAACACCAAGGAUACUCCUUGCGACAAGUCCCACACAGAAGGGCGCAGACCGCGCGGCGAUUCUCACGACGACGCGGAGCUGCGCCGGGGCGAAAAGACGCUGUACUUUGGAUGCAACCUUGUCAACCGCGGAUCGCAGUGCGGUGCGGCGCCCGAAGGCGGCAAGUCGACUAACGUGUAUACCUUAUUAGCCACCCGCAUCAAAGCCGAGGAAGAGUUCAUCGUCGCCGGGGCGCCUGUGUUUGAUACGAUGGAAGUAGCAGCUGCAGAUCAGCUCCGCCUAGGAGAUGCGUCCAUGACCGGGCGCCACUACGAACAUCUGGAUGUGCCCAAGAGCCCAGGGCUGAUCGUGGAGGUCAACGAAAUUGGCGCCGAUCUCGACGGUGACCGCUCCCGGCCACUGUCGCGGAUCGAGGAUUCGGUCGAGGCCCUAGACCAGCUCGAAGACGAGAUCGAAGCCCUCACCCAGGUCGCCCGCCUUGAGCGCAUGCUUUCCCCUGAGGGUGCCACGCCUCAAUUCAAGGCCGCGAGCGCGCAGUCGACACCGCUAAAGCGAGCCACCUCGGUCCGGGCACCGGCCUCUGCCCGCAGCAAGACUGUGGAGCGCAGCGCUUCGGUGCGCAAGCCGACAUCGACCGGGGAUGGUGAACAGGCGACCGCCUCGUCCGCACGAAAGGUGGCCCGACCCACAAGCCUCCUCCCACCGAAGCCGCUUGCGAAGUCUAGCAGAGCUCCGACAACGUCGACCUUCGAACUACCCGGCGAGGCCGCCGUGGCCCGUCGCCUCAAGGAGCAGCGCGAGCAGCGCAUGUCACAACAAAUCUCACCAGAGCAAGCCGCCGCCCUGGCGGCUGCCUACUCGCCUUCGAAGCCGCACUUCAAGUCGGCCAAGCCACCCACCCAGUCGACCUUUGAACUUCCCGGCGAGGCCAUCUCCCGUAAGAAGCGCGAGGCGCGCGAGGCCAAGCUCCGCGCCCAGGAAGAGGAGGAACGCAAGCGGCGCGAGUUUAAGGCCCGGCCGAUCCGCGGCAGCCUCGUGCCCAACUCGGUACCGCGCGAAACGCUCGCCAGCCUGGCGCGGCUCAAGACGCGGGGGACCGACAGCUCGGCGGACUCGGGCACGACGACGGUCACGCCCGUGGCCAAGAAGCGCCAGUCGACCCUCUUCGCCUCGUCUUCCACCUCAGCCAACACCCGCCCCUCCAAAACUAACACUACAACAACAACAACCACCCCCACCUCCGCCACCACCUCCGCCACACUCCCAACCCGCGGCCGCAACCCCGAGCCGCACCUCUCCACCGGCACAACAUCAACAACAACAAGCCUCACGCGCGCGGCGUCGACCUCGACGGCUAGCGUCCACUCGCGCAGCAGCAAGGUCAGCGCGGGCGAGGCGGCGCAGCAGAAGCUGCGGGGCAAGGAGGUGUUUGCGCGCGACAACUCGUACGCGGCGGACCGCGAGCGCGAGAAGAAGGAGCGCGAGAGGGCCGCGCGUGAGGCCCGCGAGCAGGCGGCUGAGCGCAGUCGGGAGUUGAGCAGGUUGUGGGCGGAGAAGCAGAGGGUUAAGAGGGAGGGGGAGGAGAGGAGGAGGCGGAUGGUGAGGGAGGAGGGGGGGGUGGAGGAGGUGGGUGUGGGUGCUGUGGGGGUGGAGGGUGUUGCGGGGAGGGGAUGA